AUGUCUGACGAUGAAAUGGAAAAAUUUGAAAUCACUGAUUUUGAUUUGGACAAUGAAUUUAAUAUGAACAGACCCCAAAGACGACUGACAAAAAAUCAAGCUAUUUACGGAAUUUGGGCUGAUGAAGAAGGUAAUGAUAGUGACGAUGAACCUUCAGGUUUUGGGGGCCGUAGAAAAAAAGAUAAGAAAUAUAAACAAAACUAUACUGCUCCCGUUUCAUUUGUGGCUGGAGGAGUACAGCAGGCUGGCAAAGAAAAAAAAGAAGUUAAAACUGAAGAAAAAAAAGGCAAUGAAACAUAUAAUUUGGAAGAUAAUAUCUCUGCGUCUAGUGAUGAAGAAAAACCAACAUUUAGUUUUGAUAUUGAUCAAGAAUUGGCAGGAUUACGAAAGAAACGAUCUCAAGUAAAUUCAAGUCUAAUAAACAAAGGAUUAGGAGAUUGGGAAAAACAUACAAAAGGAAUUGGUGCAAAAUUAUUGCUCGGAAUGGGUUACCAACCAGGUCAUGGUUUAGGAAAAAAACUUCAAGGUAUUCUGGCUCCAAUUGAAGCAAAUUUAAGAAAAGGAAGAGGAGCGAUUGGUGCAUAUGGUCCUGAGUCUAAAACAAAACCAAUGAAAGUAGAUAGUGAAAAAACAGCAGAUAAAUCAAAAGAUAAUAAAGUUGUAGUUAGUGGUUGGAGAAAAGCUCUUAAAGCUGAAAAAACUCAAUAUAUUUAUAAAACAGCUGAAGAAGUGAUUGAAGAAAGUAAACAACCAGGGCAAAGAAAACGAGAAUUCAAUGAACUAAGUAGAGUAAAAGUAAUUGAUAUGACUGGUCCUGAACAGAGAAUUUUAUCUGGAUAUCAUGCUAUAUCGGGUGUUAAAAAACCAACAGAUCAGUGGGAAAUACGAAAAGAUAAAAAAUACUCAAAUUUUGAUCUACCUGAGUUAUUACACAAUCUCAACUUAUUAGUUGAAAUAGCUGAACAAAACAUAAUUACUAACAAUCAAGAACUUUGUAAUUCAGAAGAUCGACUUAUUGUCAUUGAACAAGAAACUAAAAGAUUAGGAGAAAGUAUUAAUGAAAAAAAUAAAUCAAUUGAAUCUCUUGAAAAAAUGAUAAUUGUCAUGGAAUCUUUAAAUGAUGCAUUAAAAAAAAACAUGUUAGAUAGUAGUCAAGCUAUAAAACGUUUAACAGAAAUGAAAGAAAAUUACUACCCAGAUUAUCGGCUAAAUGGUGGAUCAGUUUUAGCUUUAUCAAUUUCUCAAAUAUUGAUUAAAGAAAUGCUAUCUACGUGGGACCCAUUACAAGAUCCUACAAUGCCUUUCGAAGAACUUAAAAAAUGGAAAGAACUAUUAACUUUAAAUGAGCCAUGUGCUGUUGGUUAUCAAUCAAGUGAUGAAUUUCAAACAUUAAUUUGGCAAGAAUGGGUACCUCAAGUUCAAAAAGCUUGCGGACAAUGGAAAUGUCGAGAUUAUAACAGUAUGUUGAAACUUGUUGAACAAUCAGCUGAAUUAAUACCAACUGACAUAAUAACUAAAGUUCUUGAAAAUAUGAUUUUACCUCAAAUACAGUCUGAAGUGGAACAAUGGGAUCCAUUGACUGAUCUUGUACCAAUCCAUUUGUGGAUUCACCCAUGGUUGCCAUAUUUAAGUAAACAUUUCGAAACAAUUGUUUAUCCUACACUAAGACAAAAAUUAAGUGUAGCAUUAAAUGCCUGGCAUCCAUCUGACAGUUCUGCUAAGCUGAUGCUCCAACCGUGGAUAAAUGUUUUUCAACAAGGCUACAUGGAAGCUUUUCUAAUAAAAAAUAUUGUUCCUAAAUUACAAGCAGCUCUGCAUGCUUUUGUUAUCAACCCACAUCAUCAACAAUUGGACAAUUGGAAUUGGGUUAAUGCAUGGUCAGAUGUAUUACCAUUGCCUACAUUGGUAGAAUUGUUAGACCAACACUUCUUUCCUAAGUGGCUUAAAACACUUACUAUGUGGAUCAAUAUGAACCCCAAUCACGAACAAAUAAGUAAUUGGUAUACGGGAUGGAAAUCUUUAAUGCCUGCUGUUAUUGUUGAACACCCAACCAUUAAAGGGAGAUUUCAUUCAGCUUUGGAUAUAAUGAGCCGAGCAGUUGGAGGACCUUCUAUGCCACAACCACCUCCACCACCAACAAUUCAUGGUGGUUUAGCUGAAGCUGUACGUACUGCAUCACAAAUGCCACAUGGCUUUAAAGAAUUAGUGCAAAAGCGUUGUGAGGAACGAGGUAUUUUAUGGAUGCCUAUUUCUGGUCGUUUUAGAGAAGCUAAACAAGUAUAUAGAUGUGGAGCAAGGCUUCAAGCAUUUAUCGACCGUGGAGUUUUAUUUGUUAGUCAAGAUGGAACAAAUUUUGCUCCAAUGUCUGUACAAUCCAUGUUAGAAUUAUGUGAAUAAAAUGUUAUUAAUAUUAUUGUUUAUUAUAACAAAUUAUUGGAAAUAUUAUGUAUAAUUAACGUUAAGUAUAAAAUAUGAAAUAUAAGCACUAUUUUUAUAA